GCACAAAACAGACCCUGCCAUCUCUGUAAUAAACACGAAGAUGUUAGUCCCGUCCGAAUUGGUACAUGAAAAUUGCAGACGUCAGGUGGUAAGAAUCGAAACUCAAACGUAGUUUAGAAAACUAGUCCCGUCCGAAUAGUGCAGAGGGAGGCCGCCGACAGACCAGGCUCUUUGUCUUCACGACAACAAUUUCAACUUUUUUCACACACCUACACCUUCCAAAAUCCGAAAAAUGGGUCUAUGAAAGCAGGUCUGUAGUCACUCCAGGUUGAAGUGUGUCAGAGGUCCCUCACUUACACAGCGGCUAUAAAUGUAUGAGUGCAGAAGCUCAGAGAGAAAAUGUCUGUUGUCGAGUCACUGCUGCAGUUUUCCAGCACAGGUACAUUACUGGGAGCUUUGCUGUUGCUUCUGGUUUUGUAUUUGCUUUCCUCUGGAUCCAAAUCUCAGAAAGAAGGGAAAGAGCCACCGGGACCCAAACCACUGCCGCUGUUGGGGAACCUGCUGACCCUUGACCUCACGAGACCCUUUGACACAUUUUGUGAGCUCUCCAAAACCUACGGGAACAUAUUUCAAGUGUUUUUGGGUCCCAGAAGAACUGUGGUCUUAGUUGGAUACAAAACCGUCAAAGAAGCUCUUGUGAAUCAUGCAGAAGAGUUCGGCGACAGACAUAUUUCACCUAACUUCAGAUUAAUGAACGAGCAUGGGAUCAUCUUUUCCAAUGGAGAGAACUGGAAAGAAAUGCGACGCUUCGCUAUCAGCAACCUGCGGGACCUUGGGAUGGGCAAGAGAGGAAGUGAAGAGAAAAUCAUAGAGGAAAUUCAGUAUCUGAAAGGAGAGUUUGAUAAGUUUGAAGAGAAACCCUUCGACACGACACGGCCUGUGAACUACGCUGUGUCAAACAUCAUCUCGUCUAUCGUGUACGGCAGCAGAUUUGAAUACACAGACCCUCGAUUCACUGAAAUGGUCAGCAGAGCAAAUGAGAAUGUUCGGAUUAGUGGAUCAAUUUCUAUGUUGCUUUACAACAUAUUUCCGUGGUUGGGUCCAUUACUCAAAAACAAAAGGCUUUUUGUAAAAAAUAUGAUCCAAAAUAGAGAACAGGUGAUGAAGUUGAUCAAGACACUUCAGGAGGCUCUGAAUCAACAAGACCGCAGAGGAUUUGUCGACGCAUUUCUCAUCCGCAAACAAAACGAUGUGAAAUCCGGCAAGAAGGACUCAUAUUUCCAUGAGGAGAAUCUUAUGGUGUCUGUGACAAAUCUGUUUGUUGCUGGGACUGACACCACAGGAACGACUCUGCGCUGGGGUUUGAUGCUUAUGGCCAAAUACCCUCAUAUACAGGAUCGAGUUCAGGAGGAGAUUGACAGAGUGAUCGGUGGACGUCAGCCAGAGGUGGAAGACAGAAAGAAAUUACCGUAUACAGAUGCUGUGAUUCAUGAAACCCAGAGACUGGCAAACAUAGUACCCUUGAAUCUCCCGCAUAUGACCAGCUGUGACGUUACCUUCAAUGGAUACUUCAUCAAGAAGGGCACCACUGUAGUUCCUCUGCUGACAUCUGUUUUGAAGGAUCCAAGCGAAUGGGAAAAACCAAACAGCUUUUACCCAGAACACUUCCUUGAUGAGAAGGGCCAGUUUGUGAAGAGAGAUGCUUUCAUGCCAUUUUCUGCAGGACGCAGGGUUUGUCUUGGAGAGAGUUUGGCCAGGAUGGAGCUCUUCCUGUUCUUCACCUCCCUCCUUCAGAGCUACCGCUUCACAACUCCACCUGGAGUGUCUGGAGAUGAGCUGGAUCUCAAAGGAGUAGUCGGAAUAACGUUGAAUCCGUCUCCACACAAGCUGUGUGCAAUCAGACGCCCCUGAUACUUGACAAUCAAAACAAAUGAUGACUUAUUUUAAGCAAGAACUGUCAUGAUUGUGCUUGAUCUGAGUAAAUACACAAAUGUUUAUUUGGCAAAAAACAAAAUGUUUAUUUGGCAAAUAACUUU